GGGUGACACUCGGACGCCGGCCGUUGGUCAGCGCGGGCGCCCGGAGCCCCGGGCCUUGGCAGGUGGAGGCGCGGGGACCCCGCCCGGGGCUGCCGGCCCUCGGCCCCCAAGCUUGGCCAGACGGCGGCCCCGAGGCCCCGGACGCGCAGCGGAGCGGCCCGGCCGCACGGCCGACUCUUCCCCACUCGCCAGAAGGGCGGUUUAAAAUCUCGGCGUUUAAGAGAUGCUGGUCUCGAGUCUGGGCAGAAGGCGCAGGACCCGGUGCAGCCUUAGUUUUUUCUCCCUCUCGCCGGUCCGGGACGUUGUAAAGUGCGUGAAGAUGAAGCAGGCACCGGAGAUCCUUGGCAACGCGAACGGAAAGACUCCGAACUGCGAAGUGAGUCGCGAGUGCUCCGUGUUCCUGAGCAAAGCCCAGCUCUCCGCUGGCCUGCAGGAGGGAGCUGUGCAGAAGUUCAACGGCCACGACGCGCUGCCUUUUAUCCCGGCCGAGAGGCUGAAGGACCUCACCUCCCGCGUCUUUAACGGAGACCCCGGUGCUCGCGAUGCCAGAUUGCGCUUGGAGUCCCAGGAAAUGAAGGGACUGGGGACACCGCCUGACACCACCCCUGUCAAAAAUGGCUCUCCAGAGAUCAAGCUGAAGAUCACCAAAACAUACAUGAACGGGAAGCCUCUCUUUGAGUCCUCCAUAUGUGGCGAUGGUGCUGCCGCCGUGUCCCAGUCGGAAGACGAUGGACAGAGACCAGCGAGCAAAGCGAGGCGGACCAGGAAGAGGAGCGCGAAGCUGCUGCUGGAGCGGGGCCUCGCCGAGGCGGCCCUGGCGUCCCGGGCCUCGAGCCCCUCGGCUGAAAAGAUGCGGAAACUGAGGCCCAAAGAAGUUCAGCGAUUUGCUCAAAUUCCAGCUAAGAAAGAAUCCUGUCCAAAUAGCAGCAGAGACAAAGACCAGCUGUUGAAGUACAAUGUCGGGGAUUUGGUGUGGUCCAAGGUGUCCGGUUACCCCUGGUGGCCAUGCAUGGUCUCCGAUGAUCCACUCCUGCACAGCUACACCAAACUGAAAGGUCAGAAAAAGAGUGCACGCCAGUAUCACGUACAGUUCUUUGGUGAUGCCCCAGAAAGAGCUUGGAUAUUUGAGAAGAGCCUUGUAGCUUUUGAAGGAGAAGGACAGUUUGAAAAAUUAUGCCAGGAAAGUGCCAAGCAGGCACCCACGAAAGCUGAGAAAAUUAAGCUGUUGAAACCUAUUUCAGGGAAAUUGAGGGCCCAGUGGGCAAUGGGCAUCAUUCAGGCAGAAGCAGCUGCAAGCAUGUCAGUAGAGGAGAGGAAAGCCAAGUUCACCUUCCUUUACGUGGGGGACCAGCUCCAUCUCAACCCCCACGUGGCCAAGGAGGCAGGCGUUGCUGUGGAGUCUCUGGGAGAAAUGGUAGGGUUCUCAGGAGUCAGGGAAGAAGCUGCUGACAGCCCCAAGUCCACGAGGGAAGUGGGCAUUCCUGUCAAGAGGAGACGGAGAGCCCAGCUGUCCUGCUCUGCUGAGAACCAAGACAGUGACCCGGGGACAGGAAAGAACACUCCUCAAAAGACAGCAGAGGCCGAGCCCAAGCGAGGAGUGGGGUCUCCUCCAGGGAGGAAGAAGGCCAUGGCCUCCACUCCGAGAAGCAGGAAGGGCGAUGCGGCGUCCCAGUUUCUGGUCUUCUGUCAAAAGCACAGGGACGAGGUUGUCGCUGAGCACCCGGACGCCCCCGCCGAGGAGAUCGAAGAGCUGCUUGGGUCCCAGUGGAACAUGCUCAAUGAGAAACAGAAAGCACGCUAUCACACCAAGUUCGCCCUCGUGGCCCCGUCCCCGUCUGAAGAAGACUCUGGUAACUUAAAUGGGAAAAAAAGAAACCACACGAAGAGGACACAGGACCCUAUAGAAGAUGCUGAAGUUGAGGACGCUCCCAGGAAGAGACUCAGGACCGACAGGCACAGUCUUCGGAAGAGAGAGACGUUCACAGACAAAACAUCCCGCACAGGCUCUUGCAAGGCCAUCGAGGCAGCCUCCUCGCUCAAGAGCCAGGCAGCCACAAAACAUCUGUCUGACGCCUGCAAACCCCUGAAGAAGCGGCACCGGGCCCCCGCAGCGGCGUCUGCGUCGCUCGCCUUUAGCAAAAGCUCUUCUCCUUCUGCAUCCUUAACUGAGAAUGAGGUCUCAGAUGGCCCCGGAGACGAGCCCCCGGAGUCCCCAGACGAGAGUGCGGACGAAACCCAGACCGAAGUGUCCGUCUCGUCUAAAAGGUCUGAACGAGGAGUGACCGCCAAGAAGGAGCACGUGUGUCAGCUGUGCGAGAAGCCGGGCAGCCUGGUUCUGUGUGAGGGCCCCUGCUGCGGCGCCUUCCACCUGGCCUGCCUGGGCCUCUCCCGGAGGCCGGAGGGGAGGUUCACGUGCAGCGAGUGCACCUCAGGGAUUCACUCGUGUUUCGUGUGUAAGGAGAGCAAGACCGACGUCAAGCGCUGCGUCGUGUCACAGUGCGGGAAGUUCUACCACGAGGCCUGCGUGCGCAAGUUCCCGCUGACGGUGUUCGAGAGCCGGGGCUUCCGCUGCCCUCUGCACAGCUGCCUGAGCUGCCACGCUUCCAACCCCUCGAACCCAAGGCCGUCGAAAGGUAAAAUGAUGCGGUGUGUCCGAUGCCCGGUCGCCUACCAUGGUGGGGACGCGUGUCUGGCGGCGGGCUGCUCGGUGAUCGCGUCCAACAGCGUCAUCUGCACGAAUCACUUCACCGCCCGCAAGGGCAAGAGGCAUCACGCCCAUGUCAACGUGAGCUGGUGCUUCGUGUGCUCCAAAGGGGGAAGCCUGCUGUGCUGCGAGUCCUGCCCGGCGGCCUUCCACCCCGACUGCCUGAACAUCGAGAUGCCCGACGGCAGCUGGUUCUGCAACGACUGCAGGGCCGGGAAGAAGCUGCACUUCCAGGACAUCAUCUGGGUGAAGCUGGGGAACUACAGAUGGUGGCCGGCAGAAGUUUGCCAUCCCAAAAAUGUUCCCCCAAAUAUUCAGAAAAUGAAGCACGAGAUUGGAGAAUUCCCUGUGUUUUUCUUUGGGUCUAAAGAUUAUUACUGGACGCAUCAGGCGCGAGUGUUCCCGUACAUGGAGGGGGACCGGGGCAGCCGCUACCAGGGGGUCAGAGGGAUCGGAAGAGUCUUCAAAAACGCACUGCAAGAAGCCGAAGCUCGUUUCCGUGAAAUCAAACUUCAAAGGGAAGCCCGAGAAACACAGGAGAGCGCGCGCAGGCCCCCGCCCUACAAGCACAUCAAGGUGAACAAGCCUUAUGGGAAAGUGCAGAUCCACACGGCGGACAUGUCCGAGAUCCCCAAGUGCAACUGCAAGCCCACCGACGAGAACCCCUGUGGCUCCGACUCGGAGUGUCUGAACCGCAUGCUGAUGUUCGAGUGCCAUCCGCAGGUGUGCCCGGCGGGUGCGUUCUGCCAGAACCAGUGCUUCACCAAGCGCCAGUACCCCGAGACCAAGAUCAUCAAGACAGACGGCAAAGGCUGGGGCCUGGUGGCCAAGAGGGACAUCAGGAAGGGAGAGUUCGUGAACGAGUACGUGGGGGAGCUCAUCGACGAGGAGGAGUGCAUGGCGAGGAUCCGACGUGCACAUGAGAACGACAUCACCCACUUCUACAUGCUCACCAUAGACAAGGACCGUAUAAUCGAUGCUGGCCCCAAAGGAAACUAUUCCCGGUUCAUGAAUCACAGCUGCCAGCCCAACUGUGAGACCCUCAAGUGGACAGUGAACGGUGACACUCGCGUGGGCCUGUUUGCCGUGUGUGACAUUCCUGCAGGGACAGAGCUGACCUUCAACUACAACCUCGACUGUCUGGGCAACGAGAAAACAGUCUGCCGGUGCGGGGCCUCCAACUGCAGCGGGUUCCUUGGGGACAGGCCCAAGACCUCAGCAUCCCUUUCCUCUGAGGAAAAGGGCAAAAAGACCAAGAAGAAAACCAGGAGGCGUCGAACGAAAGGUGACGGGAAGAAGCCAUCUGAGGACGAGUGCUUCCGCUGUGGCGACGGUGGGCAGCUGGUGCUGUGUGACCGCAAGUCCUGCACCAAGGCCUACCACCUGCCCUGCCUGGGCCUGGGCAAGCGGCCCUUCGGGAAGUGGGAAUGUCCUUGGCAUCACUGUGACGUGUGUGGGAAACCUUCCACUUCAUUUUGCCACUUUUGCCCCAAUUCGUUUUGCAAGGAACACCAGGACGGGGCAGCCUUCAGCUCCACCCAGGACGGGCGGCCGUACUGUGGCGAGCACGACUUGCGGGCAGAGCCGGCCGAGCAGCCCUGCCCGGAGCCCAAGUCCAAGGGGAGGAGGAAGAAGAGGAGGUGCUGGCGGAGGGUCACAGAGGGCAAAUAGCGCCAGGCCGGGGUGGGGUGAGAUCGGGCGGCCCCGGGUGGCCGGCCUGCCCUGCGGGCAGAGGGCCGGAGGAUGCCGCCCGCAGCCCCCGGGACGCACGCACAGGCCUCCUCGGGAGGGGGCUCCUCCCGUCACUGAGCCAUCCCAGCAGCGCCCGCUGCGCCGCACUGACCGUCCGAGCCACGUGGUUCCAGCUGCGAGGUGUGGACGCCCCAGGACAGACAAGCCUGACUACGCAGCAUUACAGCUACACUUGAAUCUCAGAACGUCAAGGUGCCCUCCCGCUCUACUUUCCUAGGUUAAAGUUACAAUGGAAAAGUAAUUGGUAUAUGAAAUGUUUUUAUCUCCCCUGAGAUGUAUAGAGUAGUAUUUUUUCGGAGGAUCACUCUUACCUCUUUUAAUCUUGACAACAUCACCCAGCCUGCUUCCCCGUUGCCAUCACUCAGGAGAGGAGACCAGGGUGGGGCCUGGGCAAGGACUCAGACCCCGAGUGCCCUGGGAACCAUGGUUUUGAUGAUUUUGCUCUUAUGAAACAGCUGUAUGAUUUCUUUCUUGUACUAAUGUGAAGUUUUUCCUCAAAAUGCUUCUUUUCCAUCCUAGUGAGGAGCCGGCCCCAGCACGGUGACUAGUGUAGUGUUGUGGUGGGAUCUCCCCGGUAGUUUUUCUCUCCGUGGACUUGAACCAAGCACUGCUGCCACGUCGGCCUUUAAAGCUCAGGCUCACGUGGGGCAGCUUCCCCGGAGGGUCCCAUCACUUGGGGGAAGAGUUUGUACAUUUUUUCGGGUGGCUUUUCUUUACCAGUUUCUGGCUUUUAUUCUCAAUAUAUUUUUGCUAAACUUGUUUCACAAAUUACCACCGACUGAAAUGCGUGUUUACUGAUGCGUGUGUGACCCGCUGAGCUGUGUGACGUGGCAACUUAGGGAAACGGUUUGUCCGGCGCUCUGCCCAGCGGCAUCUCGGGUGACCGCCGCGCAGCAGGGCACUGCUAGGUGCCCCCCACCCCCACCCUGGGACGUGGAGCUCGCGGGGGACGUGUGCGUCCAGGCACUCCUCCGGGCUGAGGAAAGAGCGAGUUCAGGAGCAUCGUCACCCUAAGUGACUCCACGCGUGCUGUGGGCCUGUUCCCGGGAAGCCUGAGCCGUGCUGGGCAGACGCCCUUGGCCAGGGCCCCUCGGAGGAGCGCUCGUCCUGGGACUCGGGCCGGCCUGCUGGGCGUGGGCACCUGGCCUUGGGACAGCCCGGCUGUCACUGUCCCCUGGGAGAUUUCCAUGGACCGUUAGCCCCACGCAGGGAGAAGCUUCUGCAAAGCACAGCGUUCCCCGUGGACCCUGGGACGCUGGGAGCGCCCUGCCAGGAGCCCGUGUGCCUGCCUGUCUCCACUCACGAUGGGAGGGAAGGGGACACUCAGCAGCAGGUGCUUUUUUCUGGCCUUUUCUUCUUAAAAUAACGUGAGGAGAAAUCUGCUCUGCAGAAAAGUUUACACAAUUGUUCUUGAAAAUUGCCACUGAGGUCUCCUGUUUGUCUCUCUCUUAACCGUUUUUGCCUCAGAGAAUUGCAGGAUAUACCAACACUUGGACCCAAGUUCACUACUGCUCCGUGGUCCUGCGAUGGGAGCUGUGGGGGGAGGGAAGGAGUCUUGGCCAGGCCGGGACCCCCGGGGAAGCACCUGCUCCAGGUGCAAGGCGCCCGGGCCCCCCUGAGCACGGACUAGGAGAGUCGGCUGACCAAGGCCGUCCCACUGGCCCUUCUCUGGUGACCCUGGGGCAAGUGACGUAGGACCAAAGGAAAAACAAGCCGUGUCCUCAGCUGGUGCUUCCACAGGCGGCUCGGUUCUCUCUGGAAACGCACCUGCUCGGUGAGACGCAGGGGCCGUGGGGUAUUUCAGUUCAGAACUCUCGUUUCUCUCAAAUGGUCUUUUAAGAAAAUACUGGAUUGACGUAGAUUUAUGCUCCUCAGGCCCUGAACCUGGCGCCUGCGCGCUCUGGGGCUGGGCACGAGGGGCACCGAGGCCUGGUGCCAGCACAGCGGCCGCGGUCACAGCCCCGCCCUUCAGAGCCAGGGGCCUCGGUGCGGGCCGAUGUCACUCACCCUUUCCUGCCAGGAAGGGACUUCCACCCGAGUCAGAUCAUCAGGAGUGGUUUUGCAGCGCACUUUGGGGAGCAGAUUAACUUAUUUUUGUAUUUGACAGUAGUAAAAAUUGUGUGUGAUUUUGGAGUCGCUUUGAUAUUACUUCCAAAUUCUUUUAUAACCUUUCUGAAGGAAAUACUGGAAAACUUAUUUUAGAUAUGGUUGCCCUCUUUCCAAAAACUGUUAAACUAAUGAGCAAAUAACACUAACUCCGAGCAUCUCCAGAAAACCAGUUUACGGAUAUGAGCACAGCAAGGCAUCGGAGGAGCCGUGGGGCUGGAAGGGCCUUCCCGACGGGGCCAAGGCCUUUGCUCCGAGUCUGGGGGGAGCUUGCUUCAGGGGAGUCGGGCUUUCCUGAAUGUCAGCUUCAGCCCGUUGUCGUUAAUGUGAAGCAGAAACACAAUGAAAACCGCCCAAACACCUCAGGAUUCCUCCGCAUCAGGAGCUGACCAGGACCCCUCGUGUGUUGCGUCGACGCCAGUGUGGGCCUCUGGACACGGGGACGCUUCUCUCCGUGGGGGUCGCAGGCCCACGUACAAAGCGGGUGAUAAGCUGCGAGCACCAAGGGGAGGCCGCCUGGCACCCCCGCCCGGGUCCCGUCCUCCGAGAAUGCUCGGGACCCCCUGCCUCACCCUCAGGUCUGCGCCCCGGCACCUUCCCAGUGUUUCCCUUGACACAUAAACUGCAGUGUGUGCGGCGCCAUCUUCUAGAACUGCCGUAUGUCCAGGAAUAAGAAAAGAUAAGCCUGUUUUGAUGGAAGGUAACACAGACGACCGUCAGUUGCCGAACUCUGGAUCCUGUGAGACGUGUAGCGUUUGAUGAAUGAGUAAAGUGCUGUGUUCGUGGGCGUCGCGUCCGCCGCACUGUCGAGAUGUGAAAUCAAACAGAAACCUCAACGUGCCUACGGUGUCUCAGCGUCGCACGGAACGAGGCCAGGCUCCGCCUUUGGGGGGGUGUACCAGGUGCUACCGCCAAUUUUGACAGACUUAAAAAACUUGAAAUUUUCUGGGGGAAGAUACUGAAAUGUAGAUUUGAGAAUUGCUGGUUGUGGGGAAAUAGGAUUUAAGGUCGGAAGUUGUGUUUGGAAGAUUGUGUAUGAGUAUUUUUGUAUUAAAAAUUUUA